AUGUCAGAUUCCAACACAACCGACUUCACUAACCCCUCCACCUUCAUCCUGCUGGGCAUUCCUGGCCUGGAGAUGGCCCAAAUCUGGAUCUCCAUCCCCUUUUGCACAAUGUACGCCAUAGCCAUCUUGGGGAACUUCACCAUCCUGUUCAUCGUGAAGAUGGAGCCGAGCCUCCAUGGGCCCAUGUACUAUUUCCUCUGCAUGCUGGCUGUCACCGACCUGGUCCUGUCCACAUCCACCCUGCCCAAAAUGCUGAGCAUCUUCUGGUUCAAUUCAAGGGAGAUCAAUUUCAGUGCCUGCCUCACCCAAUUGUACUUCAUUCACUGCUUCUCAGUGAUGGAGUCUGGGAUCUUCGUGGCCAUGGCUUUGGAUCGCUACGUGGCCAUCUGUGAUCCCUUGAGACAUUCUACCAUCCUGACAAACCCCGUGGUGGCCAAGAUUGGCCUGGCUGUGGUGCUGCGUGGUGGCAUGCUUGUACUGCCCUAUCCCUUCCUGGCGAGGCAAUGGCCAUAUUGCAGAACUAAUAUUAUCCCCCACACAUACUGCGAGCACAUAGCCGUGGUGAAGCUGGCCUGCACCGACAUCCACAUCAGUAGUUACUAUGGUCUCUUUGUGGCAUUUUUGGUGACCGGUCUGGAUGUAUUUUUUAUCGCUGUGUCCUAUAUCCAGAUCCUCAGGGCCAUUUUCAGCCUCCCCACAAAGGACACCCGGCUGAAGACUUUUGGGACCUGCAGCUCCCACCUCUGUGUCAUCUUAAUCUUUUACAUCCCAUCUCUCUUCUCCUUCCUCAUGCACCGGUUUGGGCACAAUUUGGCCCUGCAUUUCCACAUUCUCAUUGCCAAUGUGUACCUCCUUGUGCCCCCCAUGCUAAACCCCAUCAUCUAUGGGGUGAGAACCAAACAGAUCCGGAACAGGCUGCUCCGGCUCUUUUCUCAUAAAGGGACCUAA